CGCUCGAUGACGUCAUCACGCAGCGCCUGUCAAACUCCAGCGGGUUUGUUUUGAUCUCAGAGUGACGGUAGCUUCAGAGAACCGCGGUUUUUAGACGAACACCUUGAACGACGAACCCGACGGAGAUGUGUCGCCUGUGUGUCGCGGCGCUGCUGCUGCUUGCUGCCGCGUCUUGCUCUCUAGACGUCAAACUACACGACGAUGAAGAUGAGGAUGAAGACGCGAUGUUUCAGACGCCUGGCGGAGACGUGAGGGUUCGGGUGUCGGGCCGAGCGCUGGUUCCGGGCGUCAGAGCUCAGGACUGGAUCGCAUCUGCUCGGGUUCUGCUGGACGGAGACAAACACGUGGGCUUCCUCAGAGAUGAUGGAAGCUUCACAGUCAGUGACGUUCCGUCCGGAUCGUAUGUUCUGGAAAUCUCCUCUCCGACCUACAGAUUCCAGCCUGUGCGGGUUGACAUCACCACCACAGGGAAGAUGAGGGCUCGUGUGGUCAACUACAUCAAGACCUCAGAGGUGAUCCGACUGCCGUACCCGCUUCAGAUGCGCUGCAUCGGUCUGCAUUCAUACUUCAUCCCGCGGGAAACCUGGGGCUGGUCCGAUUUCCUCAUGAACCCGAUGGUUCUCAUGAUGGUUCUUCCUCUCCUCAUAAUCCUCCUUCUUCCUAAAGUCUUCAACCCCAGCGAUCCCGAGAUGAGACGGGAGAUGGAGCAGUCCAUGAACAUGCUGAACUCCAAUCAGGAGCUUCCAGACGUCUCGGAGCUCAUGACCAAGUUCUUCUCAUCACCUAAAAGUCACGGGAAGGCAGGAGGUGGAGCUAGAGGCCAUAGGGGUGGAGCUCCAAGUGCAAGGGGCGGGGCUUCGAGGCGAAAAAUGAAAGAUUAAUGUGUCAAAUGCAGAAUAAAACAGAAGCUAAGCGUGUGAAAAUGCUUUUAUUACUCAUUAUGUACACACUCUAUGUGCUGUGUUUAGUAAAGCCUAUGACUUCGGUCAGUAAACUAUUUCAUCUGUGUUUAUAUGUGAAUGACACUUUACUGUCAUUAUACUGCUGCUGAAUCUGGACCGGAUCAUUGAUUAUUCAAGCUGCUUCCGUUUCACAAUAUAACACAGUAACACUUUACAGUAAGGUUUCAUUAGUUAAUGUUAGUUCAUGCACUAACCAACAA